GAUGUAGAUUUAUUUUCCCCUCACCCACAGAGUAAAUGUCUUUGGUUUUGCGUUGUUUGUGAUUAAUGGAACAUCAAAAGCUGAUCUGAGCUCAGUGUGAUACAUUCCUGAGGAUAUGAGUCUGCCAGGGACACAUAAACAUCAUUAAUGAACAAGAGGCAGACUGGAGGGAGACAGAGUGACAGAGAGAGGGUGAGAGGACGCAAACAGGAAGGCAAUAUUUAUUUUUGUCAGUAAUAUGAUAUAUAUUUACCUGUGGUUUUGAUGAUGAUUGCCUCAGUGAGUGAUGGAGACACAUUUGGCGCCCACGGAUCUCGUGUGAUUACCUACCAUCAGCUUGGUGCAGAGGGACAAAUGGAUGGCAGUACAUUUUUUUUCUAAAUCCAUUUGGAAAAUCACAUCUCCCUUCGCUCUUUCAUACCCAGUGGCAAACAACUCAAAAGUGUACAAAGGAAACUUCUCCACUCAUCUAAGUGAAGACAGCUAUAUUUAUCUGGGUUUGUAGCUCUCUGCUGGGCUUAGAGGCUUAAUUACCCAGAGAGGAAAGCAAAAACUGAAAUACAAUUAUGCAACUGUGUGCAGAGUAUUUUGAAUAGUGGAGUUAUUUAGAUUUAGGGACAUUACUGCUCCCAUUUUUCAGUAGAGGUCUGACCUUUGGGUUGUGUUUUCGCUGAACAAAAAUCUAUGAAGCCUUUAGGAAAUAAAUCUUGUACCUGUUUACUCAAAGCGUUUAAGCUACUUAUGAUAAAAAUGCUAGAAUGUGCUGUGUGUUUGCUAUGCUUGGGGAAAGAGAGAGAAACCAUUCCUCAAAUCUAUACAUUUUAAGAAAAACAAACAAAUGUGUUUUCAAAGAACAAUUUGGUAAAUCCUUUUUCUACCUCCCCAAUUAUUAUGACGCUACCACCAGCAACAGGUUAGCGUAGCUUAGCUAAAUAAGUCAACGGUAACUUUCAUUAUAGUCAAAUUACAUUUUUAGUUUAAACUAUGUCUAAACGAAACAGGUUAGACAUAGUUUAUUUAAAAAUUCAAGUAGGCAAACAUAAAAACACAAAUUUUCACGGUUGUUUUUGUAUUGAUAAAAGAAAAAAUAUGUCAUCUAGUGAGUUUAACAGAGCAACAUAGCAAGGCUUUGUUUGUUUUACCCUGUUCAAGGUCCUUAUGCUAAAUGUAACUAACCUGAGCUGAGCUAACUGGCAGACAGCUGUUGUUUCAUAUUUAUUGUACAGACAUGAGAGGGUUACCAUUCUUAUCAUCAAACUCUCAGCAAGUAAGCAGUCAUAUAUAUUUCUCAAAAUAUUGAACAUUUCCUUUAUUUGCUAAAGUCCUUUUUCGUUUACUAAAGGAAACCCUGUUACACAUGCCUUUUAUAGGUCAAACUUCACUGGCAAGGGAAAUCUGGAAGUAGAAAAAGAAUGUGACUUACUUUACCUUCUACUGUCUAAGUGCCCUUGAGCAAUAAUCCUAAUAGCUGCUCAUUGGCCAUCAGUAGAGGACUGCAGGCUAGAAGGAGUGGGUGCUGCAUGCGUGUAUGAAGCUGAGAAAAUGCAUCAAGAUGAAAUCUCCUUGUGUGUGUCUCUGUGCCUCCCUGGCGGCAUCAGCGUGAAGGAUGUAGAGCCAGAGGGGGGGGCAGGAUGGAGUGCUCCUGGAAGACGGUGCUGCUGCUGGUGUGUGCAUCUCUUGGGGUCCAGUACACGGCCAUCCGCACCCUGAGGGACUCGCUGUCUGGGCCCUGUCAGGGACCCUACCGCUGCCAGAGCAGACAUUUCAGAGACUCCAGGUGGAGAACCUUGUGCGAUGACAGCUGGAUGCCUGUUGAUUCACCUCGGAAGCACAUCCUGCUGUUUGCCACCACCCGUAGCGGCUCCUCUUUCACCGGGCAGCUCCUUAACCAGCACCCAGGGAUCUUUUAUGUGUUUGAACCUCUCUACCACGUCCAGCAGGCCUUCACCAACUCCAGCAGCAGGCUGCGCCGCACCCUGGACCGCCGAUCCCUUCUAGGAGCAUACAGGGAUCUCCUCCUCAACCUGUACACCUGCGACCUUCACUUCAUGGAGAAUUACAUCCGCCCGGAGCCCCAGGACCAUGUCACCAGCUCCUUCUUUCGCAGAAGCUCCAGCCAUGCCCUUUGCUCCCCUCCUGUGUGCUUGGAAGCAGGGGAUGUAGCGGUUUCGGAUUCUCCUGAUGAAACCUGGUGUCCAAAGAAGUGUGGGGCCCUGAAUCUCACCCUUGCCUCGAUGUCGUGUCUUACGAAGGAACACGUAGCCAUAAAGACUGUGCGGGUCCCUGAGGUGGGGGACCUUCGCACCCUGACAGAAGAUCCACGUCUGGACCUGAAGAUCAUCCACCUGGUGAGGGACCCCAGAGCCAUCCUCGCGUCACGCAUGAUGGCGUUCUCUGAUCAAUUCCGCGCUUGGAAAAUAUGGAAUGCAACGGGACGGCAGCCUCGGUACGUGGACCUGACGCAGAUCACCAGCACCUGCAAAGACAUGGUGGCCUCUGCAGCAACAGGCUUGCAAACACCGGCAUGGCUCCGGGGACGCUACCUGCUGGUGCGCUACGAGGACCUGGCCUUCAAUCCGAAGGACAAAGCCACUGAGAUCUACAGGUUUGUGGGACUGGAGAUGGAGGACAGGGUGCGGAUGUGGAUUGCAAAGAACACAAACAGUAACAUGUCCUCUCCGUCAGAGUGGAACUACAGGUACUCAACCACCAGAGACUCCAGAGCUGCAGCGGAGAGCUGGAGGCUUCGUCUGGGUUAUGACAUCGUCAGGACUUUGCAGAAUCUGUGCAACGACACUCUGGCGCUGCUGGGAUACAAGCAGGUUCAUUCCGCAGCCGAACUCAGAAACUUGUCUCACAGUUUAGUGGAACACAGGACUUUUCAACCAGUCACGUGGUAGAUUUAUUUAUUGUAUUUAUUUCAGCAGAUUUUCCUGUCUUGAUACUGAUGACAUGAAUGUAAUCUAUCUUAUUUUACCAUAAAGUAAUUCAAUAGGACUUUUUAUGGUUUUGAUAAACAUAGAAGUGCCAAAUGUCAAGCGAGUAUGAUGCUUGGAAAGGUAUUCAUCCAGAAUAAAGUCUAUACUGCUGUGAUGAUUGAACAUGUUCUCAUAAUAUCAUUGUUCAAAGGAAUUCUUCACUCACAAAAUGACCAUUUCUGUAUCAAUUAGUCACCACAUGCUAGAUUAAAUUUAUGAAGAAAAGGUUUUCUCCCCGCCUUGGAUUUGACCAAAGAAUCAAGUAAAACUAUAUCAAAUCAUUCAUUCAAACACUGACACAGCUUGGGCAGCAUAUGUCCAGGUCUCAUUUAUACACCCGAAUGCUAAUGCUAGAAUUAAAGGUAACGCAGGGAGGGUAUAUACUAAAGGUGAUUUUGUGCUUGAAGUAUUACUUUUUAACGUGAGAAAUAAGAUACUUGAAAGAGCCCAGGUACCAUUUCAGAGUGAAGUAAGUGAUGUUCCUGAAAGUGAGACAGAAGUGGAUAGCACUUGCAUUCCAAGUGUAACUAAUGCAUUUCGGAAAAAGAUUAUAAAGUCACAUCUUUGGUAGAAAAUCUUCUGCAGUGCACAGCAGGUCUAAUUUCGAUGUGAAGACGUUCAGACCAUGAACAUAAUUGUUUUCUUGUAAAUACUGAUUAACCGUUGCAAUGCAAGUGUGCAUAUGUUAUGUGCUG